GCAGAGCUGCAGGUCCUUCAGUUCCAGAGGGCUGACUUGAAGACCAUCCCUGAGGAUCUGGAGAAAAGGAGGGAUCCACCAGAGCCUUCCCAGGAGAUGUUCUUCAGGGAGAUCUUCCAUGAAGAUCAAAGUCAGGCCAUCUCUCCCAGAGAGUCGGCAUUCGUAGAUUCUUCCACUUUUUCUGAUGGAGUUGAAAAAGCAGCCAUUGAACAUCCAACUCAGGUUCUCGUGUCUUUUGAAGAGGUGGCUGUGCAUUUUUCCAAGGAGGAAUGGUCUCUGCUAGAUCCCGAUCAAAAAACACUCUACCAAGAAAUCAUGCUGGAGAACUCCAGAAAUUUAGCCUUUCUGAGAAACCACGCUCAGGAGAACAAAGAAGCCUUCCAAAUGUUCAGGGAUGAAGGAGAGAGGCGAGAGGAGUUUGCAAAUCCAGUGGGAACAAACAGAAAAAAACUACCAGCAAAUGACAGCAAGGCUUGCCCAACUUCGCCAUCUUCUAAAAUUCAAGACUUUCUUCCCAAAGGAGAUCAGAAAGAAAAAAUAAAAGUGGAAAGUGUGGAAACCUUUGAAGGAGGCUUAGAUUUAUGUGAGCAGUACCCAGUUCGAACUAAAGAAGAGAAUACAUGCCAAGAGGACGAAAAACAUUACAAUAAUAUCCUUUCUAAACAUGGAAAAACCAAUGUGGGAAAUAAACCCUACAAAGAAACCAGGAAACCUUUCAGUCAGAGCAGUUCCCUUGCUCCCGAUGAAAAGAUCAAUUCAGGGGGGAAACCAUAUAAAUGUAUGGAAUGUGGAAAGAGUUUUGGCCAGCGUAGAUACCUUACUUCCCAUAAAAUAAUCCACACGGGGGAGAAACCAUUUAGGUGCAUAGAUUGUGGAAAGAGCUUUAACCAUAAGGCUAAUCUUAAUUCUCACAGAAUGAAUCACACAGGAGAGAAACCGUAUAAAUGUGGGGAGUGUGGAAAGAAUUUUACCCAUAACUUUCAACUUACAUCUCAUAAGAGGAUACACACCGGGGAGAAACCGUACAAAUGCGGGCAAUGCGGAAAGAGUUUCAACCAGCGCAGUAACCUUAAUUCUCAUAAAAAAAUCCACACCGAGGAAAAACCGCAUAAGUGCACGGAGUGUGGAAAGAGUUUUACCCAGAAGGGUAACCUUAAAUCCCACAAAAGGGUCCAUGUCGGGGAGAAACCUCAUAAAUGCAAGAAGUGUGGGAAGAGUUUCAGCCAGCGUGGUAAUCUCAAUUCCCACAAAAAAAUCCACACCGAGGAGAAACCUUAUCAAUGUGACGAGUGUGGAAAGAGCUUCACUCAGAAGGUCAAUCUUAACUCCCAUAGAAUGAUUCACACAGGGGAGAAACCAUAUAAGUGUGAGGAGUGCGGAAAGAGCUUUACCCAAAAUAUUCAAUUGAUUUCGCACCAGAGAAUCCAUACAGGGGAAAAGCCAUAUACAUGCAUGGAGUGUGGGAAGAGCUUCCGGUGGAGCACUCAGCUAACUUCCCAUCAAAGAAUCCACACAGGAGAGAGACCAUAUAAAUGCAUGGAAUGUGGGAAGACCUUCAGUGAGAGCAGUUCCCUUACUUUCCACAAGAGGAUCCACACAGGGGAAAAACCGUAUAACUGCAAGGAAUGUGGGAAGAGCUUCAGCAUGAGCAGUUCGCUUACCUACCACAAAAGGAUCCACACAGGGGAAAAGCCAUAUAAGUGUACGGAAUGUGGGAAGAGCUUUACGCAGAACAUUCAACUUACUUCUCACAAAAUGAUCCAUACCGGGGAGAAGCCAUACAAAUGCACCGAGUGUGGCAAAAGCUUCAAUACAAGCAGCAACCUUGCCUGUCACAAAAGAAUCCACACUGGGGAGAAACCGUACAAAUGUACAGAGUGUGGGAAGAGUUUCACUCAAAAUAUUCAACUCACAUCCCAUAUAAGGAUUCACACGGGGGAGAAGCCGUAUGAAUGUAAAGAGUGCGGAAAGAGCUUUACUCAAAAGAUUCAACUUACCUCUCAUAAAAGGAUCCACACGGGGGAGAAACCAUACAAGUGCAGGAAAUGUGGAAAGAGCUUCCGUAAUAACGGGUCCCUCACUCUUCAUGAAAGGAUCCACACUGGAGAGAAACCGUAUACAUGCAUGGAGUGUGGAAAAAGCUUCAGCCGGGGCAGUCAUUUUGCUUCCCAUAAAACAAUCCACACAGGAGAAAAGCCACAUAAAUGCCUCGAGUGUGGAAAAAGUUUCCGUGAAAACACUUCUCUUACUAUUCAUAAAAGGAUCCACACGGGGGAGAAGCCAUAUAAAUGCUUGGAAUGUGGAAAGAGGUUCCGUGAAAAUGGGUCGUUUACCUCCCAUAAAAGAAUCCACACAGGGGAGAGGCCAUAUAAAUGCAUGGAGUGUGGAAAGAGCUUCACGACCAGCAGUAAUCUUACAUCCCAUAUGAGGAUCCAUUUAGUAAGAGACAUGCAGGAGAAUGAGAACAAAAAGAAGUCAAGCUGGUUGACAUCGCAAAUAGCGAAACAUGAAAUGAGAGAAGCCGCCCUGAGUCCGCAAGGAGAAGGGCGGGGUAAAAAUUCAAUUAAAUAAAUAAGAGAGAUUUGGAAGUCCUGGGGAAUCAAAAUAGAGAAAAUGGAAAGAAGGGAUAACUUUUCAAAGAACAUUGACAGACAUUCUGAAGAUGUGGCCCAGAAGUUUCUACUGAUCUGAUAAGAUCACAGAAGAACAAGAAGAGAAUUGCCUUUUGCAGUUAUUUUUGUGCGGAACAAAAAUCAAAGAGAGUGAAACUGAGGCUGGAGGCAACCAGAAUGAAGACAGAUAGCAAGAAACAAUUUUAGUCAACAAUGUCUUUUUUAUUUUUUGCCCCAGGAAUCCACCC